UUCCGAUGAAUUGAAAACAUAACGAGCUGAACGGUUUUGAAAAUACGAUUAAUUUAUUUAGCAGUAAAUUAUUUGAAAUAACGAUUAUAAGAACAAUAUUCCCACGCAAAAUCGAUGUGACCUCGCAAAAACACUGGAGGCCAGUACAGUUCACGGCUAUAAUGUGUUAAUCCGUACCGCGCCUACAUAUACUGCUGCGUAAUUACUUAUUUGUUGACAUUGAUUUUUGUCGAUAUUUAGGAAUAUUUUUGAAAAAGUACUUUUCAAUUAAAAACGGCGACUCACGCGUAUACCAAGCAUAAGACAUUGUUCUAUUUUCGUAUUUACGUCGUCACUCGGGUGUUACAGCGACAUAACCUUUUUAUUAAAAUUUAACUCCAAUUGAUGUGCUCUAUAUAGCAGUAGGCUCGAGGGUAAAGCGCGUGAAAUGCGCAUACUUGUGCAAUAAGCCUCUGCAGAGCUAAAGCGACCAAGGCGCGAAUCGGUCGAAGGUAUAGCGGGUAGUGCAGGUCUCUCGAUAAAAGGUUCUCGAUUUUUCGAUGAAAUGGUCGAGGACUUUACCAGCGUACCCGCCUCCCCGGUUCUCAACCUCAACGUCGAUCCGUCGAAGCACAGAUAUCCGUUUUGCGUAGUGUGGACACCGAUCCCCAUACUAACUUAUUUCCUUCCCAUCAUGGGCCACAUGGGAAUAGCGACUUCCGACGGAGUAAUCCACGACUUCGCGAGGCCUUACGUCGUCUGCGAGGAUGACAUGGCCAUGGGCUGGCCGACCAAGUACUGGCAGUUGGAUCAUACCAAAGCAAAGGGAGGAGUUCAGGGAUGGGAUUCUUCGGUGCACGAAGCUAGCAAAGUUUUCAAAUGCAAAAUGCACAAGUUGGUAUGCGACAACUGUCACUCCUACGUGGCGACAGCUUUGAACAACAUGUCUUACGAUAAUUCGAACAAUUGGAACAUGCUUGUACUAGCACUUUACGUGCUUCUUUAUGGAAAAUACGUUAGCUAUGGAGCGAUAGUAAAAACUUGGGCUCCGUUCGGUAUACUUUCAACCAUAUUUCUAAUUUCGUACUUGGUAUAAUAAUCAGAACGAUCGUUAAUAAAAAAUCUCGAUGUAUGCGUAUGAAUUAUUAUAUUUACGUGUAUAAAUAGGAGAGAGUUGAG